AUUUAGAUUGGAAUAAGAUUCAUCCUUCUUGUUUCUCUCUCUUUUGAUGAAUGAAUUCAAGAACCAGAGGCUAGUCUUAUGAAUCAUAUCAUGUUAAAUUCCUUAUUCAUUAUCAAUCUCCCAACAACUCCCAUAUUAUCCAAACGAUCCACAACUUCAAACAUUAUUAUUCACAAAAAAGUAAAACCCAAUAAGAAAUGUGUCUCCUUUUUGCGACCCACAAAUUAUUUGCAAAACGGAGGUCUAGGAAUGGCCCUUUUAAGUGCGGCGACGACUACGACGGCGACUGCGAGAGUUCGAAUGAGUCCAUUGGUGGCAACGUUGGCAGUGAAUCCAACGUUUGUGUCUUGGAUAUUAGCUUGGUUUAUAGCGCAAUCGAUUAAGGUAAUCUUGACCUUAUUAUUGGAAAGAAAAUGGGAUAUUAGGGUUAUGUUUUCUUCAGGCGGGAUGCCGUCUUCUCAUUCGGCUCUUUGUACGGCGUUGACGACAUCGGUGGCGAUUUGUCAUGGAGUGGCAGAUUCGUUAUUUCCUGUUUGUUUGGGUUUUAGUCUUAUUGUUAUGUACGAUGCUAUUGGUGUUCGCCGCCACGCCGGUAUGCAAGCCGAGGUUCUUAAUGUGAUAAUUGGGGAUUUAUUUGAAGGCCAUCCAAUUGGGAAAAGAAAAUUAAAAGAGUUGCUUGGACACACACCAUCGCAGGUAGCUGUAGGUGCUCUUCUAGGCAUUGUUGUGGCUAUCCUUUGUUGUCAAGGCCUGUUUCUGUCCAUCUAGAUUACUUUUUUUAUCCUUUUUUUGGUGGAUUGUUGUAUUUUAAUUUGACAUGUUAAAAUGCAUUAA